GAAGAACUAUUCUCCAAGACCGACCCGGCAAUAGACGGAGAAGAUUGCGAGCAUGACUGCGAAAACUGCAGCGUGUCGCUGCCCGCCAAAUUCAAAAUCAACGAGGACAUGGAACUCUACGGCAACCUAAAACCGUGGAAUAGACAUAUAUUGGUGGCUACGGGGAAGAGCGAUUGGAAACACGAUGUCGCGGAUGAGACGGAUUCCAUCAUGCAGGCGAUCGCCAAAUCGGAUGAGAAGGUGACGGACGGGCGACUGAUAGUGUCUGCCUCCAACAUGCCCGCCUCCUUGUCCAACGACACGACGACCGUGCUCCUACUCCCAUCUUUCACCAUCAUCGAUAAUGUGGUCCCGUCCAACACCUCCACCCUCAUCUCGCAGCACAUCAACACUGCACUAACCAACUCAACCCCUCUCACAACGAAACGAGAAACCCCCAGUCCUUCUCCAGCGCCAGAACUCCAGAAGACCCUGAGCAAACAAGAAUCCCUAUCAUCGCAACCUUCCAGUGAGAAGGCCCCCCACCUGCUUCCCCGCCCCUGCCCCCACAAAUACAUCAUCCUCCUCUGCAGCCACCGCACCCGUGACGCGCGCUGCGGCCAGUCCGCCCCCCUCCUGUACAAAGAAUUCGCCCGGCACCUCCGCACGCACGGCCUCUUCCGGGACAUAGACGACGAACGGCCAGGCGGGGCGGGGGUGUACUUCGUGUCGCAUUUCGGCGGGCACAAGUUUGCGGCCAACGUGGUCAUCUACCGGCGGGGUGAGGCGGAGGGGGAUGGGGCGACGCAGUGUAUUUGGUUGGGGAGGGUGCGGCCGGAGGAUUGUGAGAAUAUCGUGAGGUAUUCGGUUUUGAAGGGGAAGGUGGUGAAGCCCGAGCGACAGUUAAGGGGGGGUUUUGAUCGGGAGAAGGGGGUGGUUAGUUGGUGA